UUAUGAACUGGAAGAAAAAUCAUCAAAACAUUGAAAUAAUUAAAAGUUGAAGUUGUUGUUGUUGUUUUUAAUGGUCUAUUAUAAUGAUCAAGGUCAGCUCUUGUGUUUCCAUUUUUGGAAAGUCGAGGUCGAACUUCCUAAACCAAGAUGGCGGCCAAGUUUGCUGUCUGAAUGCAAAUGCCUGUGGACACUCGAUUUGGACUUAAUUGUGGAACCAUUGUGGUUUCCACAGUGUGUCCCGGGUGCAAAGGCAAAAUGGAAACAUUUUUUCAUCAUGGAUGAGUGAUUUGCCUAGGUGUAGAGGUGACUUGCAUUGACAAUGAUGGUUCAAAACUUUAUGGCUCAAACUUGCCACAACCAAACAGAUCCAUAGACAGGGUCGUCUUAUUCUGAAGAUGGAAUUCAAAGAAAGGAUUGAGAAUCAUCGUUCAAAAUUGGAGCAAAAUGUGGAUGUGGAGAAGUUGUACCCUCUGCUGCAGCAGGAUAAGGCCAUCACCAAGGAGGAGAUUGCUCAGAUCGAAACUCUCCCAACAAAGCAAGCCAAAGUUGGCAAACUGUUGGACGUCCUUCUGUCCAAGGACAGCUCGGCGUUGCAGAGCUUCUACCUGGUGCUGCAGAAGAUGUACCAGCACAUCCUCACUGCCAUGUUCAUCCAGCCGCAGUUUUCUUCUGCUCGGAGCACCCAGCAAGAAUCCUGCUCCACGUCGCUGACUUCCGACAGUGAGGAUGACGGGAGCCGAGUCCAGCUGGCCACAA